UCACUGGUGAAAGAAGAAUUUUUUUUAUAAUUUCAAUUUAUUUAAAUUUAGAGUCGAAAGUGAAGAACGAAUUUUGCAGAUUGAAAAUGGCCUCGAAAGAUUCAAACAAGAUUAGUUUGUCAAAAUCAAUCCUAGAAAUGAAAUUUAUGAAAAAAACAAAAGAUAAAGUUGAUAAGCAAGCAUAUCAAAAAGAAGGCGAAGAGUAUUUUAAUAAGCAAGGUUUAGCAAAACAUGCUGGACGAUAUAUUAUCGAACCAAGUUAUAUUUUAUGUGAACAGUUAAUCGAUGGAAGAUUAAGUUUCCAUGGAGAAAAUAAUGAAAUUGAAAGAAUAAUGGAACACGAAGCCCAAGAAAAGAAAGAAAAUAAUAAUAAAAUAAAAUAUAAUGAAACCGAUAUAUCAGACAAACAAAUGUCUAAAAUUUGGAAAUCUACUACUAAAAUUAACGUACAUAAUAUUAGCCGCAAUAGGGAGAACAGUAACGAGCCCAGAAGAAAGAAACCUAAAUUUUUAAAGCCUGUAGAUUAA